AUGGAGCCCAACAGCCCCAAAAAGAUACAAUUUGCUGUGCCUUUAUUCCAGAGUCAGAUUGCUCCAGAGGCAGCAGAGCAGCUGUGCCUUUGCUGUUCACAGAUCAGGAAAAGAAGACCUACACCAGCAUCCCUUGUGAUUCUCAAUGAGCAUAAUCCCCCAGAAAUUGAUGAGAAGAGGGUGAACAACACUCAAGAAGAAUCGCAGAAUGCAUCACCUAAGCAAAGGAAGCAGAGUGUGUACACACCGCCUGCCAUGAAAGGGGUUAAGCAUCUGAAAGGCCAGAAUGGAUCAGCAUUCCCUGAAGAAGAAGAAAGUACAAGUGAAAGAGAAGAGAAAUGGGACCAUUAGUUACACAUCUGCAGCAAGAGGACUUCUUGGGAAUAACUGGACUGUACACUCUUCUUAAUACCCAGUGGUAUUCCCAAGCACC